CGCGAGUAAGCAAUGCAAACGAGUACGAUCAUCACUCUGGUCAUGCGGUUGCCGUUCCUAUUUGCGGCACCCGAAUCGAACAUCACCGAUGGAUAUCGCCCAAAUCUUCAACCGGCAACAUCAGAAUGUGGCUAUCCGGCUGCAACCUUCCUGAAACCGUUGAUCGUCAAUGGGGAAUCGGCAUCAGCAGCAGGUCGCUGGCCCUGGCACGCUUCAAUCUGGCAUCGAACUUCCAAAAAGUCGUACAAUUAUGUUUGCGGGGGAACGCUCAUUAGUGAAUUUUACGUGCUAACGGCUGGCCAUUGUGCCUCGGUCGAUGGGAAUCCCAUGAAUGAGCGGCUGAUUGCAGUGCAACUAGGUUCUACCAAGCAAAACCUACUGAAAAAAGGAUUUCCAGUGCAGACUCUUCAAGUGACAGAGGUAAUUCUCCAUCAAGGUUUUUCCCCGCGGAGCUUCAAUGAUGAUCUAGCGCUGCUGGCACUGCGCACUAAGGCAAUGCUAAAUGAAUUCGUACGGCCAAUUUGCUUGCCACCGUCUGGUGAUGAAACGGUUGAUCUUCAAGGAAGGGAAGCCGUUACGGUUGGAUUCGGAAUGACGGAAAGUGCGGAAACUUCCGAUUACUUGCGCGAGCUGGCAAUACCGAUCGUGAGUUACGUCACCUGUUUGGAGAGCAAUCGAGAGGUUUUCGGAAGGGCUCUUUCGGCUGGGGUCAUUUGUGCCGGCAACACCCAGGGAAGUACGGUUUGCAAUGGAGACAGCGGGGGUGGAUUGUACACCAGAGAACCGGAAGACGGACGCUGGGUAUUACGGGGCGUCACCAGUUUUACGGCACAACGUGGCUGGAAUGACAGCAGCUGCAGCUUGCGGGACUAUUCGGCAUUCGUGAAUGUGGCCAACUAUGGCGGUUGGAUCCGAUAUGCAAUGGAACACGACGAACAGGAGGGAUUUUUUAAGGAUCGUUCCGUUACAACCGUUAGGACCGAAGAGCUGAAACCGGUCAAGAAACCGCUCGAGAAACGGAUUUGCGAGAAGAAAUGUCGGGAGUAUCGACGCAAAGGUCUUACAGUCCUCGAAAAUAAUGGACCCGGUCAAAAAUACCUGUACAAGGACGAAAAACCGAAGGGUCUGGCGUACUACAUUAGCGAUGACUACGCUAUUACUACUGCCGAUUUAGCACUGGAGUGCAUCGCCAAUGGGUCCAUUUGCCACGACAUAUCCAAGAAGCGGGUACAGGAAGUGAUUCCUCAUCCGGAGUUCCGUGGUGGUCGAGAUUACAAUGUUGCCCUUUUGCUGUUCUCGCCAGCCGAUGAACCGCUGUGGUGCAUUUCAGCGAAUCUGGAUCGUAAACUAUAUUUCGAAGGUCGACAAAUGCUGCUUAGUGCGGUUUCGGAGGAAGCACCCACGUGGAUGGAGUUUGAUAUCGAUGCUUUCAUUCCGAGCAAACGCGGGGCGGUUGUAUACAACGACCAUAGGGAUCUGGCAGGGCUGAUGCACUAUCCGGCAGGGGAUCCGGUUGUCAUGACCAAUGUGCCUGCAGUGCUCGAUUGGAUCGAAUCCAUCGUUUGGAAAAAGUGAUAGGACUCAAGUUUAUUCGAUUAAGAUACAAAAAUUCAGAA